UCACUCAGUGGUGCUAUCGAAAGCGGGCGGCUUCACCACCACCGCGCGCGGACUGAUCAGCCAGUGGGGUCGAUUCUCUCGCAAGUUUUCUCGUUCGCGCUCGCGCUCAUCGCGAGCUGAGGUGGUUUUUCUGGCGCGUCGCGCCAACAGAAGCGCAGGUUUGAGUUUUCCGCGUUGACAAACGCCGUCACCGUCGUCGUUGUGGUCGUCCUUGGCGCGUUGAAGUUGACUCCUCGUGCGUAGAGCCAGCCAGCAGCGUGGUGUGAGCGACGGACUGAACGCCGUGUAGAUAUUUACUCAAUCGAAUGAUCUCUUCUUCGGUUCGUUCUCGUGGCGCGCGGGUGCGUGUGGCGUACGUCUCUCCUGUUCAAACCGAUUGAUUGCCAAUCGAUUAGAGUUUGAGAUCGUUUUGGUUUAACGGCUGCUGCGGUCGCGGGAAAACCGUCGCUAUCAUCAGCAACAAAGGGGUUUGCGUUACCACACGUCGCGAAAUUGAAAGCAGCAGCGAAGAAGAAGACGAAAAACAGUGAUACGGGAAACGGUCAGUGUGAGAGCCUGACUAAAUUUAAAUCCUCUCGCUCGUAGGUUUUGACAGCAGCGUGCUUGGCCUCCGUGAUUCAGUGUACGCUUGUGUUGACGGCGAAUUCGUCACGGUAAACCGUGGGAAAGCCAGAAGGGUGGAUGGAAAAGUGAAAACGACAACGUUCGUGCCCCGGAGGGAGAAAAUAGUUGAAAUCUAUCUAAGAAUAGUUCGUUUUGGCCACUUCUAGGCAGCAUGAAAUUAUAAUAGCGAAAAAAUAUAUCGAAAUUUCUUCAACAGAAAGAAGAAAAGAUCAUCAGUUCGGGUGAAGGGAAGAUUGUGUUAGCGAUGUGUUUAUUUUUAGUAUAUCACACAUUUUUCUCUGUGUAGAAGCCGGAGGCAGCAAAAAUAACAAAAAAGCUCGAAAAAAAAAAGAAAAUAGUGCAAGUGUGUCGAAUCAAGCAUUGCGAUAGCCUUCCUCAAAAUUACGACAAGUUGUUCAGCUCCACGUGUGAAUCUGAAGAAAAUCGAAGAAAAGUGUGAUUGUGAUAUAAUUUAUCUUCCACAGAGCCGUACAAGCUAUCAGGAAUCAGCACCCGCAAUUUGAUGGGGAAGAAAAAAAUCGAAAAGCAAAAGUGAACCGACGAAGUUUUAUCGACGCACCACCAGCGGGCGCCACAUGGGCAUGUGUGAAUGUUAAAGAGUUGUUAUUGUCGUGUGCUCCUCGUCUUCUACACUAUGGAAUCAUACCGAUCAGAUCAUUGUCCGGUCAACGGAUGCAACAGCCGUAGUUAGCAGUGCUCCUCUUGGAUGAUUUCUUCACUACUGCGCUAUAUCGACUUCUGCACAACUAGUCCUAGCCCACUGGAAACAAUCACGAACUAAACUGAUAACCGUCAGCGAACCGUUUUCCAAGAACUUUCGGCGCGUGAACGUGUUUUCGUUGAUCUUUCUGUUCUGUCGCGUGUGCCAACUGAUCGUUUGACCGCUCAACUAGUUUAGGCUCAUCUUCCAUCGACCUUUGUCGCUACCGAAAAACGUCUGCAGAUCGGCACAGUUCCAUCGCAGCUCUCAAUCCUACUGCCAACCGGGAGUCGAACGGGUUUGGAUUUCUUCCGAUUGCUCUGCACAUCUUAACUCGUAGAAAGCAGUGUAGCUGCUGUAGAGUAGUUGUUCGAAUCUAUCCAUCCACCUGCAUUUAAAUUGGAUUGCACUGCACGAACCUCCUUCCAGCCUCACUUACUUCUGCUCAAAGCACGUAAUAUUUACAUUUAGUUUGAUGAAUAACACCCAGCCUCGCUUCCAUCUGUAGUCUUAGCUCUGUUCACUAUCGGCUUCCUGGUAGAUUGUUGGUGGUGGUGGUAGACUCGAUCUCGAAAGCUUGCACUAGCACUAGAACUUCAUUUCCUCCGAGGUAGUAGCACCCUCCAAUUGGCUGUUAAUUCCAACACGUCUCCUCCAGUAGAGCCUUGCCCUUGUCUGUCACCAGAACCUGUUCCUGCACUCGCACCCAGCACCAUGGCAACCAGGGUUUUCAGCGUCCGCAACACUUUGGGAUACGGCUUCGGCGUCCUCCUCGUGAUCGCAUUAUCAGCGGCAACAGCGUCAGUAAAUAAUGGUGUCAGCAACGGCACCCCGGCGAACCAGUCGGAGCGUGCGACUGCCGUUUCUGCGGAGCACCAUGGCAAGUCCGAUGACACGACCUGCGAGGACGGGUUGAUCCUGGGCGUUUGGCAACCGCAGGACAACCUGACUACCGGCGAUCGUUUCGCGCGUGGCAUGGUGUACUUCAUCGCACUCAUGUACCUGUUCAUCGGUGUGUCGAUCGUCAGUGACCGUUUUAUGGCUGCUAUUGAAGUUAUAACUUCGAAGGAGAAGGAGGUCCGGGUGAAGAAACCGGGCGGCGAAGAACAAAUCGUCGUCGUCCGCGUUUGGAACGAGACGGUUGCCAAUCUCACGUUGAUGGCACUCGGCUCCAGCGCACCUGAGAUUCUGUUGUCAAUCAUUGAAAUUAUUGCGAAAAACUUCAAUGCAGGCGACUUGGGUCCCGGUACCAUCGUCGGUUCGGCUGCCUACAAUCUCUUCGUUAUCAUAGCAAUUUGCGUCCUGGUUAUACCCGACGGGGAGGUACGCAAAAUUAAGCAUCUUCGAGUAUUCUUUGUGACAGCGACUUGGUCGGUUUUUGCUUACAUAUGGCUUUACCUCAUCCUAGCACUGAUCACCCCCGGGCGCGUAGAUGUCUGGGAAGGUUUUCUCACUUUUAUGUUUUUCCCCGCCACCGUAAUGACGGCCUACAUCGCUGAUCGGAGACUACUGAUCUACAAAUACAUUGGCAAGCAGUACCGCAUGAACAAGCGUGGCGUCAUCGUCCAGGUAGAGGCCGAGUCGGCGCUUGAGAUGAAUAAUCGGGACGAGAAAUUGAAUACUAUCGAUGAGAACGGCGGCAUUACAGAGGAGGUCCGAGAUUUCGAAGAGUCACGCCGCGAGUACAUAUCCACUUUGAAAGAUCUACGCAAGAAGUACCCUCAGCAUGAUCUCGAACAGCUUGAGAUAAUGGCCCAGGAACAGCUGAUGAACAAAGGACCCAAGUCGCGAGCAUUCUACCGCAUCCAAGCCACACGCAAAAUGAUGGGAAGUGGAAACAUCAUGCGGAAGAUCUCCGAACGGGCGCAGUCCGAUCUGAGCGAGGUCAAGGCCGAACUGCAGCGCGUAGACGUCGACGAAGCGAUAGAAGAGGACGCCGUCUGCAAGGUAUUUUUCGAGCCUGGUCACUACACGGUCAUGGAAUCGGUCGGGUCGUUUGAUGUGCGCGUCGUCCGUCGCGGUGAUUUGUCUUUGGCGGUUACGGUCGACUACGAAACGGAGGACGGUUCAGCCGAGGCGGGUUCGGACUACAUCGGUAAAAAGGGUACCCUCAAUUUCCCCCCGGGGGUCGAUGAGCAGCGCUUCCAAAUCGAAGUCAUCGACGACGAGGUGUUCGAGCAGGACGAACACUUCUACAUCCGGUUGAGCAACGUUUCGGAUCCGGCUUCGCUCUCGACGCCGAAGGUUGCAACCGUUAUGAUUCUGGAUGACGAUCACUCGGGUAUCUUUGCGCUGGCCAGCAAGGACCACGAGUUGGUCGAAUCGGUUGGGGUGUACGAUUUGAAGGUGCAGCGAUACAGCGGAGCUCGCGGUAAGGUGCGGGUUCCGUACUGGACCGAGGACGGCACCGGAAAAGCCGGCAAGGACUACGAGGAGCAACGCGGCGAGCUGAUUUUCGAAAACAACGAAAUAGACAAAAGUAUCCAACUCGUCAUCAUCGAAGAGGGCAGCUACGAGAAAGAUGUCCUAUUCUACGUCAACCUUGGGGAGCCCCAACAAAUUGGAGAUGACGAACUGACAGGACUCAUCGAGGCGGCGGAAUCGAAACCCGCCGAGGAGCUCACGGAGGAGGACAAGAUGGCACUACUCGGAAGGCCCAAGGCCGGUGAUAUUGUCAGGGCACAACUUAGGAUAAAAGAAAGUAAAGAAUUUAAGAAUACCGUAGAUAAGCUAGUCCAACGAGCAAAUGCUUCCAUCCUGAUCGGAACCUCAUCAUGGAAAGAACAGUUCGUCGAAGCGCUCACAGUCAGUGCCGGGGACGACGAUGGCAACAACGAAGGAGAGGAUCCACCGACACCGAGCUGUUCCGACUACAUCAUGCAUUUCUUCACCUUAUUCUGGAAGAUCAUUUUUGCCUUUAUUCCACCAACAGAUAUGGCCGGAGGCUACCUAUGCUUCGGGAUUUCCAUCCUGUGCAUCGGUAUCGUGACAGCCAUUAUCGGCGAUGUGGCGUCACACUUUGGCUGCACGCUGGGCAUAAAGGAUUCCGUCACUGCCAUUGUCUUCGUCGCACUUGGGAACGAGUAUUACCGAUACGUUCGCCAGUAA